UGUGACAGCUGCCGGAAGCGCAAGCUUAAAUGCUCCAAGGAGUUGCCCAAGUGCUUCAAAUGCAUCCAGCACAACUGGUGUUGUUCAUACUCCCCUAGGGUUGUGCGCUCUCCCUUGACCAGGGCAUAUUUGACCAGUGUGGAAAAGAAG